CGAUGUUAGCUGGUUUUGUCCUUCAAUCAUUUUGGUUUUCCGAGUUGUGUUGCGGAUUAUUUUUGGGCAUGGUGGUCGGUUGAAGGUGCUAGAAAUUGGCCACUUGGCGUGGGAAUGGCCUAAAACUAGGUGCGUUAGUCAUACAGAAAGGGAGAUCUCAGCGUGUCAACGACUUCGCUUCUUCCCGUCUGAUCCUCUUGAACCUAACCACCUUCAACGAUGUCAUCUACUCCAGCAUGAUGUAAACAACAAUUUCUCAGCGUCAAGACGGUUACUAUAAGAGGCCUCGCUCUAGACUAUUCAUGAGUCCAUGACCACUAAUACUAGUUAGCCCAAGCACCUCCCACUCCUCCGUCUGUCUAUGGACUCUGGUGUAUGGUAUAAGUCUCCGACCGUUUUAUUCAAUUCAUUCAUCCACGUAACUAUAACCAGUGACGUUCUAGGCACACAAGGAUCGCCCUUCCGUCUACGGUCCCUUGCCUUAUAGGUCGAAAAAAAAGUCGAGCAUGACACGACGCUCACUUCUUCCCAAUUAGGGACCGGUUAUGAGCAUCAGCCUUGUCAAUUCCAAAAUACCGCGCGCGGAGCCAUCCAAUCCGCAUCAACCUAUCUAAUGUUUGCUGUGUCUGUCUGCCUGCCUGCAUGUCGCUUGUCGGCAGCCGCUAAAUGGAGUUGGUGGGCUAUCCAACAUCUUCCUGUCUCCAUGUUCGACAUCGUUACGGGAGUCGACGCCUAUUGCAGCAUUGGACGUGUCUCCUCCGUUUUAAUGAUCCUACAAAAGACACCUCGCUUACACUGAUUAGUGUUCAGAUAUGUGCAAGAAGGCGGCGGGCAGCCGUAUCAAACCAUCUCUGCAGCAUCGUUGCCUUUGCUAAGCAAUUAUUGUUUGCCACAUCGCCAAACCUCGUGGUUGAGAUCGGGAUGAGAUCAGGCAGCCACACCAGACUUCACAAGUGAUGGAAAGAUGAAUAUCCUGAGAUUGCCCCUGUCGAAGAUAGGUACUUUACCAUAUCGCUAAGUCUGCCUCCCUUCAACAACAGUGGUUGUUUAGCAGAAAGUGGACGCAGCACGUAGCACUUCUUGUUGUGAGAUGGACUCGCUCGAUGGCGAACAAAUUUCUACAGUCCCGUCAGUCCUAGUAAACUCCUACCUGAGAAAACGGUCAAGGAUUUUUUGGACAGUUGGGCGAUCUGAGGGAAAAGGGCUGGAAGAACACCGCGGCUGAUGAACAUUUUCGAAAGCAACGCCGGCAAGCUGACGAGGCGGGGUCGAAUCUGCGUCGAGUGUUUUUCAACAUGAUGCGUCGUGUUGGAGAUGAAAUGGAAGAAGAUACAGAGGCAAUAGCGCUGGGAAAAGCUGCUCCCCAUGUCCUAGACCUCUGCGCGGCUCCUGGAGGAUUCAUUGCGACUGCACUUCGAUACAAUCCGGACGCGACCAUCUGCGGCAUUACCUUGCCUGAGGCACUAGGUGGCCAUGAACUUCUUAUUCCGCAAGGUCAAGAAGAUCCCCGAGUUACGGUGGAAUUCUUUGAUAUUACCAUGCUUGGGAGUGAGUUUGGCUUGGAUCCAGGUGAAUUUACUAAGCCGACUCUCUCCACAUAUCGUCCAUAUAUCGGAACAUCUUUUGAUCUCGUGUUCUGUGACGGACAGGUGCUACGGACGCACGCAGCGCAUCGAGCCGCCGACGAGGGAAGAGAGAAAUGGGAGCGCCAGCGUCUCAGUUGCAGCCAGAUGAUUUUGGCCCUUCAGCGAAUUCAUGAGGGUGGAACGUUGAUCAUGCUUUUGCAUAAAGUGGAAUCGUGGAAUACCUUGCAGAUUCUCCACACCUUUUCUAGCUUUGCCAGAAUCCGGCUUCAUAAACCGAAAAAGUACCACGCGACACGAAGUUCCUUCUAUCUUAUCGCCACCAAUGUCCGAGCAACUUCGUCGGCCGCAAAGACUGCGAUAACAACAUGGAAAGCGUUGUGGAAAGAGGCAACGUUCGGUCAGGACAUCAAACAGAAUGAAUUGAUUGAACUUGAAGUUGAGAAGCUGUUGGAAGAUUUUGGAAGUCAACUCAUCGAAUUGGCUGAACCAAUUUGGCGUGUGCAACAUGCCGCCUUGUUGAGACAGCCUUGGACAAAAUAAUGGGGCUGAAGGGGAAAGAGAAUUUAUGGACAAGCGUCUAGUAUAAUCAUCCUCGUCGAGGCGUUUCCUCUUCAAAGCGGCCAGGCGAACCUUGAUCUUCUGCCCUGUGUGCUGGCAUCGAUCAGCUUUGAGCGUCAUGGAAUGCUACAAUACACUCUUGACAUGGUCAUCGUCGGGGAGGAAUGGUAGUGGUAGCUUCUAGUAGCGACUAGUUCAGUGCGAGUGAGGCUACAUAGGAGGAGGGGAGAAUUUAAAGACCGC